AUGUCUUCUUCAACAACUGUUAUUCCACCUGUCAAUCAAGUACAAUUAACAAUUACUCGUAAAUCCGAUGGUGAAUUGUUACUUUUAACGGUAGACGAAAAGUCGAUUGUUUCAGAAUUAAAAGCUGAAUUAAAAUCACGUUUGCCCCCUCAACAUGAACAAGGUUGCCGUCUUAUUUACAAAGGUAAAGUGUUGAAAAGUAAACGUACAUUGAAACAUUAUGGUUUGACAAAAAAUCAUCAGCCACCAACGGGAAUCGGGAAUACAAAUAUCGUUAUGGAUGAUAGUAAAAAUUGGAAAUCAGAUUCAUCAUCGAGUAGUUCAGAAGUAUCUGAUUAG